AUGGUGGACGCAGGCAAAAUGCAUCGCUGGCCUCUUUUCAUGGCCUUGACAGCUGUAUCGGCCUUACGGUGUGUUGUUGCCGAGCAGUGUAUAUCCAAAGGCACGGCUGGCCCUAUGAUCAUCACAGCUAGCUGCACUGAUCCCUUGUUCAAUACUCCAAUCAUAGCCCUGGAGGCUGACAGAUUUGACCCUGUGCCUCACCGAUUGGUUUCGGGUCACUGGAACGGUACCUCAGUUGACUUCAAUAUUUACCUUCCUCUCAAGAACCAGUGGGAGAACCGAUUUUUCCAGAGCGUUUAUCCCACCCAGAAUUCCACCGCGUUACCAGAAGUCAUUGCUUUCGGGGCUGCAUCUGGAGCCUACACUGUGCAAGUCGCAGGUCAAUUGGGCUACCGAGCCGAUGCGGCCACAGCCAAAUUUGCCAAGACGGUUGCAAGGGAGUACUACGAUGAUACUGGGUCAAGCAGAAUUUAUGGAUAUAUCUACGGAGGGAGUGGUGGCUCCUACCAAACAAUAGGCGCCGCUGAAAACACACACGGGGUGUGGGAUGGUGCGUCCGCGAUUGUACAGGCCAUACCAGGAUCAGUCCCGCUCAACCUCUGUGCUCGUGCUCUUGGAAACUUGAUUCUGCGAAAGAAUGCCAUCCAGAUAGAAGCCGCUCUUCGUCCUGGCGGCAGUGGGGACCCAUUUUUGGAAUUAGGCCAGGCUGGUCGCGCAGUGCUCAAGGAAGUCACCAAUCUUGGGGUUCCUCUACAAGCAUGGGAGGACUUUCUAGAGCCUGCCAACUCUGAGAAUACACUCGCUAUUUUCGAGCCAGCUAUAAAGGAGGCAGACCCUACCUAUGCAGACGAUUUUUGGACUAAGCCAGGGUACCUGGGAAACGACCCAUCAGAACUCGGCUCAUUAUUUCGGGCAGCAUUGGUCGAUAUCUUUGCUACCAUUGAGCGAGUCGAAUAUGACAGCGAAAACCUCCCCACAACCCUAUUUCUCGACAAGAUUCCCUCAGAACUUACCGCAGGAUUUGAGUUUACUCUGUACGAUGAUACAGGAAAGAUGGCGAUCGGGAACCUAGGUGGCGUUCUAUCAUCGGAGGACAACUCGCUCGCUCUAAGCCCAGUGAGCAACACUACCAUUGCUCGUGCAAUCUCUCAGGGCCGAAAAGUGCGCAUUGAUAACCGCUGGCAUCUUUCUGUACUUAGCUAUCACCGCCAUCAGCUUCCUACACGUAGUGGCUUCUAUGGAUUCUGA